AUGGAAGAAGCUAUAAUGAGACUUGAAGGUGCCGAGCACAGAGAAACCAUCAACCAUUCUCUUAAGAGAAAGCCAUCAAGACCUUCCUCCACCGCUCCUGCCUCUCCCAAAGGAGUAACCACCUCAAAAGCUACCUCCAACGCCGGCGCUUCCGGUGGCUCCACCAUGAGGUACCGAGGCGUGAGGCGUAGGCCGUGGGGUCGUUACGCUGCUGAGAUACGCGACCCGAUGUCGAAGGAGAGACGAUGGCUCGGAACAUUUGACACGGCGGAGGAAGCAGCUUGCGCAUACGACUGCGCCGCUCGAGCCAUGCGUGGUCUUAAGGCUCGAACCAACUUCGUCUACCCAAUUCCUUCACUUGAGUCUUAUCACCACCGUCUUUUCUCGCCUCCUCCGAUGAACAUGUUCCUUUUACGCGACGUUCUAAACUCUCAGUCUCUUUCUCCCUUCGCUUACUCGCCUUGUAAUCUCUCUAACGUAAACGGCGUCGUCCACGAGUCCUUCACCAACGUUAACGAUGUUUCCGAAGAUCUUUCGCCUAAAGCGAAGAGGUCAAUCACUAUUGAUAGCGAGAGUAUGCCCUCAAUCUUCGAGCCAGAACCAGCUAGUUCCGGUCUUCUUCAAGAAAUAGUUCAAGGCUUCUUACCAAAACCUAACUCUCAACAAGUUUAUACACCUCCAACGACCAACCAACCGUCGACUAUUGGUUCUUUUCCGACAAUGCUAGAGACCGGUUUUCAGACAGAUCUUCGUCUACAGGACCACGUCAGUGUCGAUGGAAACGGAUUCGGUCAGGUGAAAUAUCAUGGAGAGUUGGGUUGGGUUGAUCAUGAGACUGGGUUUGAUUCAUCUAAGAUGCAGCAGAACGGAAAUGUUGGAAUGUUUUAUCAGUAUUGCUAA